UAGUCUACAGCUGAUAGCAAAACGAAAACACCAAGUUUAGACUGUCAGUCUUUCGCAUCAUCUGUCGCCGGUAGAAUCGAUUUACUUUUCGGGGUUCCUACGGAGUUCAACGAACAGUUCCGCUUUUGUCACCACCAGAUCUAUAAUUAGGCGAAAAUCUCCAGCUGUUAGGGAGCGUAUCAAUUGGUUAAUCUUCAAAAAUGUUGCUCCUUCGUUCGAUAUCGUCAACUGCGUCGCUUUGCCAAAGAAAAGCUUUCCAAAAUUUGCUCCGCGGCUUUGCUUCUAAAAAUCGCGAAAUUCCUGCCCUCACCAAAGAACGCUACCCGGUGAAACGCGGGCAAUUUUCCGAAGUGACCGACCGCGAUGUGGCCAAGUUUGAAUCAAUCCUCAGUGGAAGUGGACGAGUGCUGACACAGCUGGAGGAUACGCAGGGAUACAAUAUCGAUUAUCUGGGCAGCGUGCGAGGCUAUGGCAGAGUGGUACUGAAACCGAAGACCACCGAACAGUUAGCGGACAUAAUGAAAUACUGCAACGAAAGGAAACUGGCGGUGUGCCCCCAAGGAGGUAAUACCGGACUGGUCGGUGGGUCGGUACCAGUGUUCGAUGAAGUUGUUAUAUCACUGCAACUGAUGGACAAGAUCGAAAAGAUUGACGAGUACUCCGGGAUUCUUGUGUGUCAAGCCGGUUGCAUUUUGGGUACCCUGGAAGAAAAGGUCAACGAGAAGGGUCUAGUAAUGCCGCUGGACUUAGGUGCCAAAGGAUCGUGUCAUAUCGGAGGAAAUAUCUCAACGAAUGCUGGUGGAUUGCGAUUGGUACGCUACGGAAAUCUUCACGGAUCAGUACUUGGCAUUGAAGCCGUCACAGCCGAAGGACGAAUUAUGGAUCUGAUGUCUAACUUCAAGAAAGACAAUACUGGCUACCAUCUGAAGCAUCUCUUCAUAGGAUCUGAAGGAACCUUGGGCAUCAUUACGCGAUUGUCGAUUUUCUGUCCGACUGCAUCGAAAUCAGUGAACGUAGCUUUUCUCGGAUUGGAAAACUACGACGCUGUUAAAAAUACGUUCUUGGCAGCAAAAAGAGGAUUAGGAGAAAUUCUCUCAUCGUGUGAGAUGAUCGAUGCUGCCUCGUUAGAUAGUUGCACACACCAUUUUAAUCUAAACUCUCCUAUAGAAAAGUAUCCAUUCUACAUGCUGAUCGAAACCUCCGGAAGUAACGUAACUCACGACGAAGAAAAAUUGUCAAGCUUCCUCGAAAAUUCUAUGGAAAGUGGACUUGUGCUGGACGGAACCGUUACCAAUGAACCAACUAAAAUGAAAAAUAUUUGGCAACUUCGGGAACUAAUCGCAGAUAGCCUGCUCAAGGAUGGCUACUGUUUCAAAUAUGACAUUUCUCUUCCGCUCGAUCAAUUCUACGACGUUGUGCUGGCAGUGCGAGAUCGUGUUGGACCGCUGGCCACCAAAGUAACCGGAUAUGGUCACAUCGGGGAUUCCAAUUUGCAUUUGAACGUCUCCUGUCCGAAGUUCUCCCCCGAGCUCUACAAGCUACUGGAACCAUUCGUGUACGAGUACACGAGCAACGUCAGGGGCAGUGUCAGUGCCGAACAUGGAAUUGGAUUCCUCAAGACAAAAUAUUUGAAAUACUCGAAGCAACCGGAGUCGUUGCUGUUGAUGCAGCAGAUGAAGCAACUGAUGGAUCCCAAUGGAAUACUGAAUCCGUACAAAGUGCUACCUCAAGUUUAAUGUUUGUAUUGGAGUGUGAUCGUAGACAAACCGAUGUUACACAUUUGGAUGAAUUUCCUCGAAAGACAUGGCCGACAGUUCCAAAACAAUUUGAAGUAAUUGAUUAGGCUUACAUCGGAUGAAAAGAAUGUCGCUAUUGCAACAUGGGAGUAGUUUUUAAUAUUAUUAUUGUCUAUAAUGACGCCAUCCGCUCAGGUACAUUAUUUGAUGGAUCUAUUAGAAAAGGUGAAAACUUUUAAGUGUUGUGCCUAUUUGUCUAUAGAAAAAUAAUCAGUGAAUAAAUGUAUUCGUUGAGAAAGAAA